AUACGCUUGGUAGAUGCCGCCAUAUUUGUAGGGUCCUUGUUCAGUUUGUCUUUGUUAAAAUUGGUGAUAGUAAAGGUUGUUGCUGAAGUCCAUAGACCAAACUUGUGAAAUGGCAACAAAUAACGAAAUGUCUGUUGAGGAUGAAGGUUGUGUUUGUCGCCUGAGAGGACUACCAUGGUCUGCCACACCUGAUGAUGUUGUUAAAUUCUUUUCAGAAUCUGAAGAGGAAUCUGAAGAGACUAAACCAGAUUAUGAUAGCUGUGGAAUAUUACACGUACACUUCACAUUCUCCCGUGAAGGACGACCAAGUGGGGAAGCUUUUGUUGAGUUCAUGUCUGAUGACGAUGUUGAAAGGGCUCUUAAAAAACAUAAUAAGAACAUGGGAUCAAGAUACAUAGAAGUAUUUCGAUCCAAAAAGAGUGAAAUGGAGUGGGUGGUGAAGCGUGCAGGCCCAAACCAGCCAAGCUUAAAUGAAGCUGUUGUGAGAUUACGAGGACUUCCCUUUGGAUGCUCAAAGGAGGAAAUAGCUCAGUUCUUCACAGGGUUGGAGAUUGUACCCAAUGGGAUUAUGCUACCUGAGGAUCGGCAGGGGCGCAGCACUGGGGAGGCCUAUGUCCAGUUUGCUACACAAGAAAUAGCAGAAAGGGCCUUGGGUAAACACAAGGAAAGAAUUGGGCACAGGUACAUCGAGAUCUUCAAGAGCAGUCUGAGUGAGGCAUGUUCUGCUAUGGGUCAGCCCAGAAUUCGACCACUCAUGGGUUCCAUGGGAAUGAGGCCUAGCCCGUAUGACCGAGCCGAGCGUUUCGGGGGUAUGGGUAUGGGCAUGGGAAUGGGUGGUGGCAUGGGUGGCUAUGGACGAGGAAGAGGAGGAAGGAAUGUUAAAGCUUUUGCAGGCUAUUUUGAUGACGAUUUUGAUGAUUAUGAAAGCUAUGGAAGUAUGGGAUUUGGUGGUAACCGACGUGGUGGUAUGGGCAUGCGUGGUGGUCGAGGACGCAUGAUGCCAAAUGAUAUGCGAGAAAGAGGGCAGACACCAGGAAGUCACUAUAUUAGUGGAACAGGUCAUUCAGUUCACAUGAGAGGCCUGCCAUUCCAGGCAAUCGAACAAGACAUUGCAGAUUUCUUUAUGCCACUACGUCCUGUGAAAUGUGAAUUUGAAUAUGGUCCAAAUGGUCGACCCACUGGAGAAGCUAAUGUAGAUUUUGCUACACACCAAGAUGCUGUUGAAGCCAUGAAAAAACACAAGACAAACAUGCAGCAUCGUUAUAUUGAGCUGUUCCUGAACUCGACACCCGAACGUGGAGGAAAUUUUACCUCUAACAUGGGCGGCGGAAGUUUUGGCAGUGAUAUGGGUGGAGGAUUUGGGUCCGGUGGAGGCUACAGUGGUGGUGGUGGUGGUGGGGGAGGAAACUUUGGGUCAGGAGGCAACGGAAAUUUUGGAGGAUCUGGAAAUUUUGGAGCCAGUGCUACUGGCACCGGUAACUAUGGAAGCAUGGGGAGCUACACCACUAGUGGCGCCAAGGGUGGAUUUGGUGGUGGUGGAGGUGGAGGUGGUAUUGGUGGUGGUAUGGCUGGAGGAAAUAUGGGAGGAGGAAUGUCGAAUAACGUGAUGGGAGGGAAUCCGAACUACACAGCAUUCUGAAGAUAGUAUUGGGACACGUCAAGUAGUUCAUGUGCUGUAAAACCAUCUUUAACAAAUAUCAACUUACAUUCAGGAAGGAUUCCAUCAGUUUGUCCAGUUUUAUGUGAAGCAUCGACUUUUUCCUCAUUGUUGUACAGUAUUCAUCCAUGAUCAUGUUGCAGCUAUUAUUUUAUUUCAUUGGACAUCUGAAGUGAAUAUACUUUCUUCAUACAUGAGCUCUGUUCAUUGUUGUUGUUCAUUUGAUUCUUGUUUUUUUCUUUUUAUUGAUUAUUUGUACAUUUAAGUACCUUUUCAUUGACUACAGUACUACUUUUGUCUGAUAUGAACCUGUUUGAAGGUUUCAAGGACAAAUUGACAAAUCGAAAAUAUUUUGAAAAAAGUUAAACAAAACUUGAUUGGUCAUGUUUGUUGUGAAAAUGUUGAGUUAUUUUCUAUAAUACACAAAUCGCCAAACGAA